CCUUCCAGGUUGCGCAGUUCUGAGCUUGGUGAAGUCCCGUCUCUCGCGAUUUCAGCGCAGAAACAUGGCCGCCUCCACGAGUAGUGCUGGCAGAGACAAACAAAGUGGUAAUUCCACAUUAAACGACGAUUUGGAGGCAGAAUCAAAGGAGUUUUGUCCAGGAUUUAAAGAUGUCGAUUUAUUUGUCAAGCAUGGCUUGGGCACUGUCGUCGCAGCCACAAAAGCCUCUGCAGCUCUGCCUCAAGCUGGAGAUGAAUAUGAUUUAUACAGAAGCUUCCCAGGAUUCCAGGAGUUCUGCGGUACCCAAGGGGACAGGAUUCUACAUUGUAUGAGUCAGCUUAUGCAGCACCAUGGCUGUAGGUCUCACUUAAGAGACCGCAACAAACUGACUGGACUAGACGAUCGAUUUGAUCUGGUAGUUGAUGCCAAUGAUUUGAUUCUGGAGAAAGUGGGUAUUUUGCUCGAUGAGGCUGGAGGGGUGAACAGGACCCAACAGCCAGUCAUGCCAGUUGGCUAUCAGCCUCCCAAAAUAGUUGUCUCCAGCUGGAAUCGCAAGGGAAGUGGUUCUGGUCACAGCCCUCAGACAUUCAGACUCCUGCAUGCCAAAAAUGUCCAGCGGCCCCAGAUGCGGUUUAAAGACAAAGUCGACAACAGCAACACACCUUUCAUCCCCAAAAUCUUUGUGAAGCCCAAUGCAACGGUACCUCUGCCCACAUAUUUCACUAAUAAACACCUUCACAAGCAGCGGCCAGAGGAUUUGGACGUCCCUGCAGCCUUGGCAGACUUCAUCCACCAACAGAGAACACAGGAGUACAUGGAGGACAUGUUCUCGCAUCCAUACCGAUAUGAGCUGGAGCAUCUGACCAUGUCAGAGAAUGUAGCAUGUAGACCAGAGCCUCAGAUGUACAAACCCUUGGAUGAGACUAACUGCCACUUCAUCGACACGUUGGAUGAUCUAGUCGCCUUGAAUGAGAAGCUGUGCAAGACCACUGAAUUUGCAGUGGAUUUGGAGCACCAUUCUUAUAGGAGUUUUCUGGGUAUAACCUGCUUGAUGCAAAUUUCAACAAGGGAUGAAGACUUCCUCGUAGAUACCUUGGAACUGCGCAGCGAAAUGUAUGUCCUGAAUGAGUGUUUCACAGAUCCCAACAUUGUCAAGGUUUUCCAUGGGGCAGACUCAGACAUCGAGUGGCUACAAAAAGACUUUGGCCUCUAUGUUGUUAACCUGUUUGACACACAUCAGGCAUCACGUACCCUCAACCUUGGUAGGAACUCAUUGGAUCAUCUCCUGAAGUUGUUCUGCAACGUUGACUCAGACAAACGCUACCAGCUGGCUGACUGGAGAAUUCGGCCUUUGCCAGAAGAGAUGUUUCAGUAUGCCAGGGAGGACACUCACUACCUCCUGUACGUCUACGACCGGCUGAGAGCAGACCUGCUGGACAUUGGAAAGGGUCUGCCUUCCGUCUUGCAAGCAGUCUGGCACAGGAGCAGAGAGAUCUCUUUAAAGAAAUACACGAAGCCAAUCUUCACAGAGGAGUCCUACAUUGAUAUGUACAAGAAGCAGAAGAGGGCUUUUAACACGCAGCAACUGACUGCCUUCAGGCUUUUGUAUGGAUGGAGGGAUAGGCUGGCCAGAGCGGAGGAUGAGAGCACUGGCUAUCUUUUGCCAAAUCACAUGCUGUUGAAGAUUUCGGAGGAGUUGCCAAAAGAACCACAGGGCAUCAUUGCCUGCUGCAACCCCGUCCCACCCAUGGUCCGCCAGCAGAUUAACGAGCUGCACCAGCUGAUGAAGCAAGCCAGAGAAAUGCCACUUCUCAAGGCUGAAAUAGUCGCUGAAAAAAAGAAAGUGAUCACCCCUAAAAGAAAGCCUCUGGAGUCCUCCCUAUUUUCUCCUCAUGAUACAUCCCACGUGUCGGAAGGUGACUUGGUUGAUCUGUCUCUGCAAGCAGAGACCCCCAUUAAACGUGGAAUCCUUUUCUCUGAAGAUGAAGAUCAAGAUGAAGCUGAUAUACAAGCCCUGGCUGGACUCGUGACUUUAGCUAAAAUCACACUGUUUGAGGUAGAUGUGGCUGUAAAGGUGUCUGAUCACCUAACUGUGGCACAGCAGAAAGCCCACAGAAUCAUGGAGUCAUUUGAAAACCCCUUCAGAAUGUAUUUGCCCUCGAAAAAUAUACACAUUUCAGAAAAUGCUAAAUAUGACCCAUCAUCAAAGGUGUAUGAGAUCCACAACAGAUGGAAGCUUCGGAGUAUUGAACAACAGCAAAAAGAGGCCCAGGAGAAGCAGAAGGCCAGGGAGCAGGCGAGAAAAGAAAAAGAGGAACGAAAAAAGACCAAGAAGAGUUACCAAGAAUCACUUCAAAACGUUGCUACUGUUCGGCAACAGGCAUUGGAGGCUGGACAAACCGGAGGAAAGCGGGAGAGAGUUAACAGCGACGUCAGCGAGGAAACCCCUAAACCUAGCUCAAAGCUCCUCAAACCUGCAGACAUACCGGGCGACGUUCAUUCAGUUCCUGUUGCCAAGGCGAAAGCCAAGAAAGCAUCGCAGAAUGCAGACACCCAACAGGCUGCCGAACCCAAAUCCUUCACUCCCUUUGACUACAGCAAGUCAAAUUUCAAGGUUUUCUCUGGGGGAAAAGGGAAGGAUUCAGCACAGUUUGACCCAAACCAAGAGGUUCAUGAUCCUAAUAGAAAGAAAAAUCCUAAAGGAAAUAAACAAGGUGCAGUCGGAGGCAGGAGUAUGUCAUACAUGGCUGGCAAAUCUAACCGUGGAUUCCGUCACAACUGGCCCAAGAGAUAGACCAUUCCUACCAGUUGUUGUUUUUUUUAAUGCAUGAUUUAUCUUGUUCUGCCUGUUGUUUACCAUCUGGUGGUGAACAAUAAUUAACAUGCUUCAUCUAUAUGAAGCAAUUCAUUAAUUGAUUUUAAAAUAAAAUGUUGGGGUUUCUUCA